AUGUCUCGUUAUAUGGAUAAAAUAGAUAAAGAAUUUAUUGAUGCAUUAUACCCAAAAUAUUUAUUAAAACAACCCAUUGCAUUAGAGCUAUGGUCUCAAUAUUAUGAGCAUAAGAAAUUAUUCCAUAAAUCUGCUAACAGUCAGUUGUGCAACGCUAAUUCUAAUGAUUCAAGGUGUAACUCUAAUGGUCUACCCAUCGGUAAGGAUGUCAAAUCUACCAAUGAAUUAGAUUCAUUUUAUAUCAAUCAACUAUCUCCAAAUACAAGAAAAGAAAUCUGGCAAAAGCUAAUGAAAUUGGGUGUUCUAGGGACCGUUCCAUAUGAAUCAGCUAGUGAUGAAUAUAUCGUUCAAUUAUACAAAUAUUUCUAUUUAGGUAAAAAUUCAGGAAAGUCAAACAUGACAGACAGUGCAGCUAUUAGCAUGACCUCUCCAUUUUCUGAUAACCUUGAAGUACCCAACAAGAUACGUGUCGAUGUUAUCUCCCAGAAGGAUGACAACGAAAUCAACAAUGAUGAAAAUGUUGUUGAUGAUUUAAUACAAGAAUCAAGAUUUUCUUCAGGUAAUGGCAAUAGUGUACCUUCAGCUACUGAUAGGUUACAAACAGAUAAUAAUUUAUCUGAAUUAUCAGAUGAGGAUAAUGAUCAAGAUUGUUUAUAUUAUUCUAAUCUAGGGGAGACUAAAAUACCUUGCAAACUGAAAAAAAAUAAUACUCCAAUGGAUAUAUACGAAACUUUAGACUAUCCACUACCGACAUAUUGGAUACCACAACAAGGAAAUAGUGUACUAAUAUCUAAUGAUGGUAUAUCUAGAAUCUCCCCAAACCCACAUUGGAAAUCUUAUAUGAAAAUUGAAACAUCCGAAAAUAUGAGCGCUUAUGGCAGACAUCGAAUGAGGGAUUCUGAAAUAACUGUUACUGGUCAAAAAUAUGAAUACGCUACAACGUGGGCUAAUAAUAGCGUCUCCCUUCCCAAUGUUGGUAUAUAUUACUUUGAAAUAAGAGUUCUUAACGUAAGCAGUUCACAGGGCGGUGCAAAUAGUAACAUCCUUAUAGGUUAUAAAUUAAAACCUUUUAAUAAUGAAGAAGAUGACGAAGAAGGUACUGAUAAUUUAAAUAUGGAUAAUGCUAUGAUAGAUAAUUCUGUAUCAUCUGUUCAUUUUAUGGAAAUGGGUGGUAGAUCAGAUGAACAUGGUGACAGUAUCGAAUCUCAUAAUGAUGUCAGACCAUUUAUUACAGAACCGAAUGGUUUCCGAGAACCAAACGUAAGAGGUAGUUCUGACGGUAUAUCCGCAAUUCGUAACAAUGCUGGUUCCAUAGCUGGGUUCUAUGCAUACUCUGGUUAUGAUGGUAAAAUUUCUAGCCCAAGGCAAAUAUCAGGCUAUAAUGAGCCAUAUGGAAGAGAUGAUGUUAUUGGAUGUGGGGUUAAUUUUAUUGAUGGUACUAUAUUCUACACCAAGAACGGUGUUUAUUUAGGAAAUGCAUUCCGUGAUGUGCAAGAUAGUGAUUUUGUACCUGCAAUAGGGUUGCGUCCCGGGAAUGCAGUGAGAACAAAUUUUGGUGUUUAUGAAGAGUUUGUAUUUGAUAUCAUGAAUUACCAAAAUAAUUGGAAAUUAAUGGCAUAUGAACACGUUUUUACAUCAUUAUCGAAUGGAACCAAUAAUGAAACUAAAACCCCAAGACCUUCAUCUAAGAAUGGAUUAAAUAGAGGGAAAAUUGGAAUAUCAGACAGUUCAAGCGAAUCGGAUAACGAUGUUGACGAUGAUGACGAUGAAGAAGAAGAUGUUUCUAUGAUUGAUGUUGAUGAUACAAAUGAGAGUGGAACAAAUAGUAAUAAUAGAUCGAAGAAUAAGGAAGGCUCAACUGAAACAGGUGUAAAUACUCCAACAAACGAUAAACCGUUUCUAUUAGAUGUUGAUUCAAGAAUUUCUAAUGGAAAAAUGAUCAAACCUGCCACUAAUAAGAUAAAUGAAAUAUCUGCUGAUAAUGAUUCAAUUCCCUCCAUGUUAAACGUAUUGAUAAAUGAUUAUUUAAUUCAUGAAGGUAUGAUUGAUGUUGCAAAGGGGUUUUUAACUGAUUUACGUAAAGAUACUAAUGGUAUGGAUAUUGAAGAAGUUAAUUCACUUGGGUUUAAUAAUAAUUAUGAAGUAAUUAAGCAUAAUGAACAACAAAUUAUUAAUGAAGAAGAAUUAUUAAAGAUGAGAUAUGAAAUUCGUAGGUUAAUAAACUGCGGGGAGGUCAAUAGAUGUAUUGAAUAUAUUAAGGAACAAUUACCUGGAUUAUUAGAGGAAAAUACGAUAUUAUUAUACGAGUUAAGAUUAGUCGAAUUUUUGUUAGAGAUUAAGAAUAAUAAUAAAUCAAUUAAAGAUAUUUUAAAAUCUGCGCAUGAAUUAACUCAACAAUUUGUUCAAGAUCCUGAGAUUAAAAUUGAAUUAAGACAAAAAUUUGAGAAAGAAUUAUUUAAUGUAUCAGGAUUAUUAGCUUAUGAGGAUCCAUUAGAAGAAGCACCUGAUGAUCUUUCAAUGUAUCUAUCUAAUGAAUUUUUACAGGAUCGAUUAUUUCAAAUAUUAAAUUCUAAUAUAUUAGAUUUUCUAGGGAAAGAUAGUAAAUGUGCAUUAAAUAAUAUUGUUAGUUAUACUAGAUCGAUGCUUUCAACGUUAGUCACAUAUGGAGAUCAACAUUAUCAAUCCUCCACGCAACAUAAAUAUUACAAGAUAUUGAAUAUGGAUGAGGAUCUGUUGAAUUUGUGA